AUGCUACAGCUUUAUUUACGAUUGCUCAUUUGUGGUCAGAAGAUGAAAGCUUUUUGCAUAAUGAUCCCCUGUGGCCUUCAGAUCCUCUGUGGAUUGGUUGACUUGAGCCAUUCUCAUCCUACGCCUGCAACGCAAGACAGCCUGGUGGAGUCUCUAGCACGAAACAUGAACAGUGAUGACUGGUGUAGUGAGGCAAAAGCUGUUAUUUCUGACGUUGACAGUGGUGAUAAGUCAGAUAAUUCGCCACAAAGCUUGAGGAGCACUGAUCCAUUUGGCAACAGAGGGAAUCAAGCACAGUAUUCCAAACCAACCGGAAAAACUCAAAAAGUUACAGAAACAGAACAACCCACUCCAGAGGUACAACUAUCACAAAUAGAUCAGGAAGGCAACAAGUUCUUAGGCAACCUCCAAACUUUCUUCUCAACCUGGGCCCGCAAACUUUGGGGAAAAGUCAAGCAAUUUUUUUCUAGAUUGAAGUUUUCUAAGUCAGAAAACAAAGAUACUUUCAACCCCAAUAGACCUACAGAAGAGCUCCUACAACCAAAGUUUGUAGUAGAGGCAAUGCCAAGUCCACCCACUGUCAAAAGUGAAGGGAAGAAGCCACAAGUAAAAAUGGAAGAGGCUAGGAGACAGCCUCUUCAUCAAGAGUUUGACAAGGUCACACCCUCAAAAGACAAGGCAGAAGAUUCAGAAGAGCUAGCACACAGAGUGAAAUCAACUGCUGUCAUUGAAAAACCUGAUCAUAUCCACAGGCCAUAUACAGCAAAUCCAGAGAUCACUGCCGGACAAAGCUUACAGACAAAGCCCAUUUUAGGUGGAAUCUAUUGCCAGACAACAAGAAAUCCAUCUGGAUACGUUAAAGAAAAGCCUGAGAAAGGAGUUUCAAAGAACACUCCUAUGUCAAACAAUAAGAGCCAUCAAAACAGCCUGACUGCACAGACUACAGCUUCUUUUAUUCCAGGAGUCAAACCAGAAGUGAUGAAAUCAACCAAGAAUAUAGAUACUCUUUUGGAGGACUAUGAAGCUCACAACAAAGGAAUAAAUGAUCUAGUGUUUGAUAAUGCUCAUACUGAAGGCACACUUGCCCAGUCAACCAAAAACCAAGGAAAAAAACAGAAUACAAUUGACUAUCAAACCUACCUUGAGAAUGAGUUGAAGAAAAGCUUCAGCCCAGGAAAAAUCCAGAUGAUUGUGCAAGUCAAACCCCCAACUACCAGGACAGAACUAAAAAAGGCCUGUCAAAUUAAUCCUGAUACUUACUAUCAUGAAGAUGGGUCUUAUGAAGGGAUGGUUGAGGACAUAACUGAUUAUGAACCUACGACCCCAAAAAAACAAAAAAUGACCAAACAUGUCCCUAAUUUGAAAAGAAUUAGAGCUCACUCCACAUCAGGGAAAGGCUGGGUCUAUCGCAAAGACAAGAAGCCAUCAGAAAUUCAUGGAAAGAGUGAAGAUAAAACUCUUCAUCAAGAAGUUGAAAAUCCCAAGCCUACACAGAGCAAGCAAGUCAAAGAAAAAAAUACUGAUCUAAAGUAUACAGAUUCUUCUUUUACCCAUGUGGAGAGACCAGAAGUUUCAAAUAACAUCAAUAAUGAAGAUGUUUCUUACACAAAAGAAGAAGAUCUGAUGGAUAAUGAGUUUAGUACCCCAAGAGGUACACCAGUCAUGUCACCCAAGCACUCAGAAACAAAUCCCAAUUUAAUUGACUUGAAAACUUAUUUUGAAAAUGACUUGAACUCAAAACCCAUCAAGAACAUGAAUGCUCCUUAUACCACAGGAGAAGAUUAUACAACUGAUGAUGAAUUUAGUACUCCUAAAGGUACACCUGUCCAGUCACCCAAGCACCAAGGAAAAAAUCUCAUGUUGUUUGAUGAUCCAGUCAGGAAUAGUGAUGUUGGGGAGAAAUCAAUCAGCAGCAAUUAUGAAAAGUUUAAAAGCCAGGAGAUUGCACCAAUUGUUUUAAUGAAACCCCCAAUUACUGAUGCUCAAAUAGAUAGCACCUAUUGA